UUUGUUAGUAAUAGAGUAGCAAAUUUCUAGGAGCGCGUCUUGUCAACCGCAUCUAUUAAUUACUCUUAUAUUCCAUAGAUUUCGUUGGAAGAGAUUGCGAGUAAUUGUUUGCAAAGCACGUCUUGACCCCGCCGCUAAUAGCAGCCGGCGCAUAGUAUUUCUUAUUGAAUUAAAAUUUACAAAACUCAGUUCAGUCGCAUUUGGUUCGUCGUGUAGUUAGCAAGUUUAACGCGUGACUGCAGGAAUUGGUUACCGUGACUGAAUAUGAAAAACAGUUUUAUACUACUGCAGAAUGUAUUGUUUCUGCAGGCAAUGCUCUUGGCAGUCACCGUGCGUGCAUAUGCAGCUGUUUCUGCUCGAUCCUCAAGCAGUAACGCACUGAAAUCAGAAGCGCGAACAUUCUUCGAGCGUGAAAACGAAUUUCUACGUCAGCGGCGUCGCAAUGAGUUCGUUACCUCCUAUGAGUACAAUACCAAUGUUACAGAGGAAAAUCGGAAAGCAAUGAUUGCUGUGGCUACCAAAAAUGCAGCCGCAAAUAAGGAGAUGACACGCAAAGUAAUCGCAUCGGGAUACAUUGACUCAACUGAUGAAGACAUCAAACGACAAGCCACUAUACUUGGUGAUUUGGGUAUAGAUGUAUUACCUGAAGAUGACUAUAAGGAAUUGUUAAAUGCCGUCAGUUCGAUGCAGUCAAAUUAUGCCACAGCCACGGUUUGCCCAUACAAUAAAGAGGGGAAUUGUACGCUGCAGCUAGAGCCACAUAUACAGGAGCGACUUUCGAAUAGUCGCGACCCCAAAGAACUGAAGUACUACUGGCGUCAGUGGUACGACAAGACGGGUACACCAAUGCGCGAGAAUUUCAAAAAAUAUAUUGAAUUGAGUCGGAAGUCAGCGCGUCUGAAUGCCUAUUCCUCCUACGCCGAUUAUUGGAUUCACUUUUAUGAAGAUCCCGAUUUCGAGGCAAAUCUAGAUAAGGUAUAUAAAGCUAUUAUACCGCUCUAUCGCGAAAUACACGGUUACGUACGUUAUCGCCUACGCGCCUAUUAUGGUGAUGCAAUCGUGCCGGAGAAUGGCAACAUCCCCAUGCAUUUGCUGGGUAAUAUGUGGGGACAACAAUGGGAUAAUGCAUUGCCGCUGUUUACACCCUACCCCGAAAAGCCAUUUGUAGAUGUGACCAGCGAGUUGCAGCGCCAAAACUACACUGUACGCAAACUCUUCGAAUUGGGUGAUCAAUUUUUCCAAUCGCUAGGCAUGCGCGCGUUGCCCAACAGCUUUUGGGAUUUAAGUGUGCUGACACGACCGGCAGAUCGUGAAAUUGUUUGCCACGCCUCGGCUUGGGAUUUGUAUCAGGAUAGCGAUGUGCGCAUUAAAAUGUGCACCGAAAUUGAUACACACUAUCUGUAUGUGGUGCAUCAUGAACUUGGGCAUAUACAAUACUAUUUACAAUAUGAAAAUCAACCGACUGUUUUUCGUGCGGCGCCAAAUCCUGGCUUCCAUGAGGCUGUAGGUGAUGUUAUAGCACUUUCAGUUGCCACGCCGAAGCAUCUCAAAUCGAUUGGACUCUCGAAUGUGGACAAGUUGGACGAAGAGAGUCGUAUCAAUGAGUUGUUCAAGACUGCGCUUAAAAAAAUUGUGUUCUUGCCCUUCGCUUACACAAUGGACAAAUACCGCUAUGUUGUGUUCCGCGGUGACGUGGAUGAGUCUAAAUGGAAUUGUGCUUUCUGGCAAAUGCGUUCUGAGUUUUCGGGCUUGGAACCGCCCGUGCGACGCACCGACGCCGAUUUUGAUCCGCCAGCAAAGUAUCACAUUGAUGCUGAUGUCGAGUACUUGCGUUACUUUGCUGCACACAUUUUCCAAUUUCAAUUCCACAAGGCGAUGUGCAUUAAAGCUGGCCAGUACGUAAAGGGGGACCCGGAGAAAACACUGGAUAACUGCGACAUAUAUAACAGCAAAGAAGCUGGGGAAGCGUUCGGCAAAUUCCUUUCAAUUGGCGGCUCGAUACAUUGGAAGAAAGCACUAAAGGAGUUUACCGGCGAAACUGAAAUGGAUCCAGCUGCGCUUAUGGAAUAUUUUGAACCACUUAGCAAGUGGUUGCAUGCAGAAAAUCAACGCUUGAAAGUGCCACUCGGCUGGGGCGAUACCGAUAAAGUUGCCGGUGACUGCUGUCCAGCAUUCAGUACUUGACAAUUAGCCAAGCUAAGGGACAACGAAUUUUGUGAAAAUGCUGAAACUUGUACAAGAAUUUAAAAAAAAAACUCAAAUGAACGCAAGUCGUCCCGUAGCUGUCGCUGGCUUUUUAAAUAACGGAUUUUGGUUUUUUAACGUUUAACUUUGAGAUUAAAGAGAUUUUAUACGAUCCAAAUUUGUAAAUUCUAAAUUAGCUAUUUUUUAUAUUCCCGGUCGCUGUGCAUAUAUAAAUAAAAUAUGUUCACCUAGA